CCCACGGGAGUCAUGGCCGAGGGCGAGGAUUUGCACUCUUUCACCUCGAUCAUGGAUGCGCUCGUCCGGAUCAGUACCAGCAUGAAGAACAUGGAGCGGGAGCUGCUCUGCCCUGUGUGCAAGGAGAUGUACAAGCAGCCGCUGGUGCUGCCGUGCAUGCACAACGUGUGCCACAUCUGCGCCACCGAGGUCCUGCUGCAACAGGGCUACGUCUGCCCGGACCCCACCUCCGAGCCCACCUCACCCGCCUCCACACCGGCCACACGCAGCCCCCGCCUGGGGCGCCGGGUUGUGCCCAAGCCCGAACGCCUGGACCGGCUCCUGAAAUCAGGUUUCGGUACGUACCCCGGACGGAAGCGUGGCGGCAUCGUGCACCCCCAGAGCGUUCUCUUCCCCUGCCCCUCGUGCCAGCGAGAUGUGGACCUGGGCGAUCGGGGCCUGGGCAGCCUCUUCCGGAACCUGACGCUGGAACGGGUCGUGGAGCGCUACCGGCACACCAUCAACGUCAGCGCGGCCAUCAUGUGCCAGUUCUGCAAGCCGCCGCAGCUGGAGGCCACUAAGGGCUGUACCGAGUGCAAGUCCAGCUUCUGCAACGAGUGCUUCAAGCUGUACCACCCCUGGGGCACCCAGAAAGCACAGCAUGAGCCCACACCGCCCACGCUGACUUUCCGGCCCAAGGGUCUGACGUGCCCAGAGCACAGGGAAGAAGUGUCGCACUACUGCAAGACCUGCCAGCGGCUGGUGUGCCAGUUGUGCCGGGUCCGCCGCACGCACACGGGGCACAAGAUCACGCCUGUGCUCAGUGCCUACCAGGCCCUCAAGGAAAAGCUGACGAAAAGCCUGACGUACAUCCUGAGCAACCAAGACACCGUGCAGGCUCAAAUCAGUGAGCUGGAGGAGACGCUGAGGCUCACGGAGGCGAAUGGCGCACAAGCCAAGGAAGAGGUGGCGCGGCUGAUGCGCGGCCUGAGUGCCCUACUGGAGGAGAAGCAGGCGUCCCUGCUGAAUGCUAUUGAGGAAUGCCGGCAGGACCGCGUCUCCAACCUGCGCACGCAGUUGCAUGAGCACCAGGCCAUGGUGGAGAACUCCGGCAUGGUGGGAUACGCUCAGGAGGUGCUGAAGGAGACAGAUCAGCCGUGCUUCGUUCAAGCGGCCAAGCAGCUACAUAACAGGAUCGUCAGGGCAACCGACUCACUGCAGGUUUUCCGGCCGGCCGCCAGCGCAUCUUUCAGCCACUUCCAAGUGGACGUGAGCCGGGAGCUGAAACUGCUUACGGACCUUACUUUUAUCAAAGCGCCGGAGGCCCCCGUGAUCGACACGCAGCGCACCUACGCCUACGACCAGAUCUUCCUGUGCUGGCGCCUGCCGCAACACUCGCCCCCCGCCUGGCACUACACGGUGGAGUUCCGGCGGGCUGAGCCCAAGGGCAAGGCGCUGAAGCUGUGGCAGCGGCGGGAGGAGGUGCGCGGCACCAGCGCCGUGGUGGAGUACCUGGACACGGACUGCGUCUACGUGCUGCGCGUCCGAGGCUGCAAUAAGGCCGGCUUUGGGGAGUACAGCGAGGACAUCUACCUGCACACGCCCCCUGCCCCGGUGCUGAACUUCUUCCUGGACAACCGGUGGGGCUUCAACCGGGAGCGCCUGGCCAUCAGCAAGGACCAGCGAGCGGUGCGCAGCGUGCCGGGGCUGCCCAUGCUCUUCGCCGCCGAGCGCCUAAUGACCAGCUGCCACCUCUCGAUCGACCUGGUGAUUGGGGACGUGGCGGUCACCCAGGGCCGCAGCUAUUGGGCCUGCUGCGUGGAUCCCAGCUCUUACCUGGUCAAGGUGGGCGUGGGGCUGGAGAGCAAGCUGCAGGAGUGGUUCCAGGUGCCCCAGGAUGUGGUGAGCCCCAGGUAUGACCCCGACAGCGGCCAUGACAGCGGUGCCGAAGACACCACCCUGGACACGUCGCCGCCUUUCGCCUUCCUCACCAUCGGCAUGGGAAAGAUCCUGCUGUCCCACGGCGUGGCGCUGACCUCCCGGGACCCAGGCAACUGUACGGUGCCUCUACCCCCCCGGGUGGGCAUCUGCCUGGACUACGAGCGCGGCAAGGUGGCCUUCUUCGACGCUGUCUCCUUCCGCAGCCUCUGGGAGUGUGGCAUCGAUUGCUCGGGGCCUGUGUGCCCGGCCUUCUGCUUCAUCGGCGGUGGCGCCCUGCACCUCCAAGAGCUGGUGGCCAACCGGCAGGAGCGGAAGGUCACCAUCGGCGGCUUCUCCAAGCUGGACUGAGCUCGCCCUCUGUUGGGGCCCUUGGCAUCUCUCGGGAGGCGGCGGGGCAGGG